UGAUUCGUCAUUCACUCAAUGAUCGAGUGCUAGUCUGGAAUAUCCAAAUGUGUCUGCAAAUAUUUUACUAUUCUUAGUUUGCCCUUGUGUUCAGUAGAGUAAAUUGUUGACAACGAUAUGAAAACAAUUCCAUAAGUAAAAUUCUAAUUACUGAACGAGGUACUGGAUUACGCUCCUUCAGUCGCUUAGAAAAAGUGUGAAUCUUUAUCGUUGUCCCAAAGAAAGUGUAGUGCAAAGAAGAAGAAAAUAAGGGCCACUCCUGUUUCAUUGUGUUUUGUGAAUAUCGGAAGAUUCCGAAAGCUUCCUGGUGCUUGUCGAAACUAAUACUCACGCUGAGUGCUUAGUAACAUUGGAAGUGAAUUAUCAACUGAAAACCUGCUAAAAUGAUAAAAAAUUUGUUUGGUAGGAAAAGUGCCAGGGAAAAUGAUCGGAACAAAAUCUCGGAAAUUGGCCUGCCCACGAAUGUGGUGCAUGGAAUACACGUCAGUAAGAACACACUCACCGGUGAUUUGGAAGGUCUACCCAAAGCAUGGAUUCGUCUUAUGGAUGCAUCCAUCACGCAUGACGAACAGAGUAAAAACCCGGAGGCAGCAUACCAGGCAGUUAAAUUUUAUAACUACUCGAUCAAAAAGAAGGAACAAGCCGAACCUUUCAAACCAUUUAUUACUGAAGAUGCAAUCAACGAGGAAACUGAAUCGAUUGAUCAAUUUUUAGAUAUGAAAAAUGCUCACAAAAGUGAGGAUUCACUUGAAGCUAGUAGUGAGGAAAACUUUGCGGAAGUUACUCCCCCUCCACCACCACUUCCGAAAAAAGCAAUGACCUUACCUCCCAAGCCACAAAUCAUGCCGAAACCACGAAAUUAUACAAAUAGCAAACUCUACAAGGGAGUUCAAAAUUUGAACCUAAUGGAAGGUGGCAACAAGGCAACAAUGAUCAUUCAUAGUAACAGUAGCGCAUUGGAAGGACACAAAAGUUCCUACGACUUGAUCAACAAAGUUGAUUUCGAAGCAGACAAUGAGCUCAUUCUGAGGCCAAAAGAGCAAAACGCUAGGGUGCCGAAGUCUGACGAUCAGGUAUAUAAUGAGCUUAGGCGAAUUUGCAAUAUGUGUGAUCCUCUAGAUCGGUACGAAAAAACCGUUGAAGUGGGAAAAGGUGCUUCCGGUGUGGUAUUUAUUGCUCUCGAUCGACAAAUUUAUCAAAAGGUGGCCAUUAAGACCAUCGAUAUGAAACAUCAAUCGUCCAAAGAAUCCAUCCUAAAUGAAAUCAACGUUCUAAAAGAUUUCAACCAUAAAAAUUUAGUGAACUUUUUGGAAGCCUAUUAUCUGGAGCCAGUAGAUCACCUGUGGGUUAUUCUAGAGUACAUGGACGGUGGACCACUGACAGACGUUGUCACGGAGACGGUAAUGAAAGAUCGACAAAUUGCUGCUGUGUGUAGAGAAGUUCUCCAGGCAGUCAGCUUUCUCCAUUCGAAAGGGAUUAUUCAUCGAGACAUUAAAUCCGAUAAUGUUCUACUCGGUAUGGACGGAUCGGUAAAGGUGACUGAUUUCGGAUUUUGUGCUAACAUCGAGGGCGAUGAGAAACGACAAACUAUGGUCGGUACCCCAUACUGGAUGGCUCCCGAGGUAGUGACACGUAAACAGUACGGAAAGAAGGUUGAUAUUUGGUCCCUGGGAAUCAUGGCAAUCGAAAUGAUUGAAGGUCAACCCCCCUAUCUGAACCAAGCGCCGUUACGAGCCCUUUAUCUGAUCGCUGCAAACGGACGACCGGAUAUUAGGAGUUGGGACAAACUGUCGGAUAACUUGAAAGAUUUUCUCGACUGCUGUCUACAGGUGGAGGUCGACCAACGAGCAUCGGCCGACGAGCUACUCCAGCAUCUAUUUCUGCAGGACUGCAUGGAACUGCGUACGCUAACACCUCUCAUCAAGGCAGCCAGACGGGUAUUGAAACGCGACAAUUAACUUUCCUGUGUCGAUUGAAUGGGAACAGUGGAGAAACAUGUGCCGGCAUGGCUGUGAAACUUUGUGCCUUAGCUAACUUUUCGUUCCAGCAGUAAAUCGUAAGAGUCAUGUGAAGAAUGGGAAAAUGAUAAGGUUUCGACACUUUUCACUUGCUCUGAUAACAGGUUCGACUUGUAGAGGCGAAACAACCAGAACUGAAUGUAUGAGAAAGCGUGAAAGGAUAGAAUGGAUAAUUGUCGUCAUGUUGAUUUUGUGACAAAUUGAAUUUUGUUUGUGUGUGUGCUGUGUGAGGUUUCAAGAUAGUAGCCGAUAAACAAUCGAAAUGUGAGUAGAAGGUGUCUCUCUAGAUGUAGAAGCACAAUGUAACGCAUAAAGUUUAACUCAUUACGAUGAAUUUUGAAUAGUCGGUUCAUUAGGAAACAUUCCCGCUAGUAACUGGUACUAAUCCAUACCAAUUCCUCUAAACGCAUCAUUCCAGUUGACAUUCAAUGGCUUUCGUACUAAGGCAAUCAAAUUUUUCCUCUGUGGUUUCAUAAGCGAUAUUUGAAAUACCAUAAAAGAGUACGAUUUUUCUAAUGAAUUAAGAAGAUUAGUGUAUCAAAAAACGCAUCAAUCGAGUUUACCUACGAACACGGGAAUGGUAUAAUUUAAGCGAAAUAAAUAUCGUGUGAUUCGUGCAUGCUUUCCGUUAGAUUCCACCGUUUCUGACAGCACUCUCAGCUCCUCAAAACAGUGCCAUACAAAUUGAAAAAAUGAACGUUACUUUCCCUUUCCUUACUAUUCGGCAAAUUAGUCUGUUGAAUAUCAUGUUCGUCUUUGGAUUCUCUUGUACCAUAUUCUAUUCCGGUACAUGCUUAGCGUUUUUACACAGAGCACAGUAACUUGGAAAGUAUGUACAGGGAAUGCACACAAUGAUUGGAGGUUUGCGUGUAAGUUUACAGUAGAAAAAUAAUAAGUUGAAGUGGGCUGCCGUUUAAGUGUAUUAUGCCUUACUACUCUGUUACGUACACAUCGGCGAGAAGAGGUUAAGGGAUUGACUGACGAAUAGCAAUAAAUAAUGUAUAAGACACGGAAAGCCGUAAAUAACAGUUGUAUUGUGUGCAAACGGGAUCCCCACUUAAGGUACGUUCGUAUCUGAAUGCAUACGAUCGCGGAAGCGAGAAUACUAAGAACAGACCCGGUUAGAAGAUAUAGAGAGGUGUCACUUAAUUAUGAUAAAAUUAGUAUGACCUUACUCUUCAUUGUAUAUGUGUGCAUGUUAGCGAUGAUUAUUUCUCUGAUAAGCAGGCCAUGAUUUUUUUUAUCUAUAAAUCAAGGCUUCCAAUAAAAUAAUAUUUUCUGUCGCAUCCGAUGGAACCCGUCAUUUUGGGCGAUGUCUCGAAGAGGCGAUAGUAAACCAUUUGAAUCAUGUAUCUUAAAAAUAAUAGGAACUGUUUACCUUCUUGCAAAAUGAAACGGUGGCUACACUUGACUGCAACUAUGUACAACUGCUCAAUUGAGACAAAGGUAUUAAUUGAAGCGCUAUUUAUACAUAAUAUUUAGAAAUACUGAUCGUAUCAUUUUCAUAAUAACUUUAGAUGGAGCAACUCAAUUUAUUACACAUUUUGAAAACUCAAUUAAAACGUCUGUUAUCUGUGUUAAAAUUUUCUCGCAGGAUGAUUUAUCAGAUUAACAAUCCAACUGAUUGAAUUUAACACCAGUAAGACUGAAAGAGAAUAAUUUCAAUUUUUUCUAAAUUAAUAACUGAAUGUUUGUAUGUUUAUCAAACAAUUUUUUCUUUCAUAUAUUCGAUUAGAUAAGUAUUUUGUUGAUGGUUAUAAAAUUAACGAACACGGAUAACCUGCAGUGUCAACAAAAACGAAAUUGAUUGAUAUUCUUUCUUUUUCAGCUAUCGAAAAUACGGCGUCUGCUUACACGCUCGUUUAGUGUUACUCUAAAGUGACUACAAUUUCACUCACUUCCACUGAAAGUGGAACUAUUGCAUAUGUUUAUUGCAGAUUGCUUCCAAAGCAGGACGUUUGACACAGUUUCUUAACAGAGAUGCUAAAUAGAAAUUCCAUAUAUCUUCAGACAAAGUUGCAAAAGUCUGUGAAUCUUGUCGAGUAAAAAAUAACUGCGCGGUCAACUAAAAAGUAUAUAAAUUUUGCCGAAAGUCUGCGAUAAACUUGAUUUUCAAAAGUCUGUAGCACUUCAUAAGAAAUCGGCAAAUUUGCAGACAAAUCUGCAGACUCAUCACACUCUUUUUUACACUAACAUGAUUGCUGAAAAAAAAAAUUGAGAAAAUCAAUGAAUAAAAAAAAUGUUUCUCUAUAGAGCUUUCUUGAAUAUCUGCCUAACUGGUAACUCUGUUUACGAAUUUAACCACGAGCAGGAAGGAAGCAAAGAAAAAACAACAGAAACAUAUAGAGAUUGCAGGUAUUUCCAUAGAAGAUCUGUAUUACUUUGUAUAAAGAAUAUGUAUUUAUCUGUAUUCACUAAAAAAAAUUAAAUUACUACAAUCAAUCAAAAUUAUCAACAACAAUUGAGUUGUAAUUCAUAAGUUGACAUAGAAUUCCAACGCUUUUUAUGCAACCUCAAGUCAGGUCAUACAACUCUCAGCCUGACAAUAAAGUUUCAUGAUGCCAUGACUUCCUUGAAUGACAGUUCCAACUAAUUUCAAAUUUUAAUAUAAAUUUAUUUCACUGUUAAUUAUCAACAAUUUGCACAAAAAGCUUCCAUUGUGCUUGGUGAUUUGCUCGUUGAUUAAACAUUUUUAUCCAUUGACCACAGCGGUUGUGUUAAAUGCGCAGGCAACUUUAUACAUGCAUUUUAGGAGCAUUUACGCUUUUGGUGUCACGGUGACAAUCGAACAGUCAAAAGGGGAAAACACGAGCCAACUAUCAUAUAUAAGCAUAAUUUUGUUUUUUAUUUGAUUUUUUCAGUUUAACAAACUUAAUUUUUUUUCAUUUUGUUUUUACAUAACAGCUAUCAAAAAUGUUAUCACUUCAACGAAAAGUGGACAAUUUGAUUUUCAAGUUUAUCUAUGCAUCUUUUUUUUUGUUUCGAUCAUAGAGGUUUUAACCUUAACGUCGUUCAACUCUUCGGACCAGAAAAAAUCUCUAACCGUAUAUGCGGGUUUGGGAAUCGAACCCAGGCGAGCUGCGUGAAAAGCAUCGACUUACCCAUCACGCUAUAUCCGCCCCCCAUCUAUGCAUCUAGGUAAUUGCAUUAUUUUGUUACCGGAAAAUUCAAGGGGAAUAUUGUUAUCAAGUCUUGAAAAAUUAGGCAAGAAAUUUAAUUAGGUGAAAAUGGGUAAAAGGGAUUAAUUUGUUUAAUACAGAUCAUUGUAUGCAAUUAUUAAUGUUUUGUUCUAAUAUUCAUGGAUCGAGAGCGUAUAUAUAGAACAGUAGGGUAGUGAGCUUCAGUUCGGAUAAACUUCUAAUACCAUCCAGAGUCUUGAGGGUCUGCCGAACGUUUGUUUUACAUCGAUUUGGAACCAUCGAUAUCAGCAUAAUAGAAUGAUUAAAAAAACCUGCUUUAAUCCACCUAGUGGUCUAGUAAGACACAUUUCACGAGAAAUCAUUACAAGUUUUAUAUUGGACAUUUUUAAUAACUGCUUCCGGAACCGGGAGACUGUCACAAUUGCAGUAAGUUUUUUCGGGCCAUUGAGUAGUCAUGCCCAAAAGUUCGAAUAGUUUCACAGACAAUCGUGCCUGUGUCGUGAUUUUGUUUUCUCCAAAACAGUUGAAACCCCAGGCUUUUGUGUGCCCGGUGCGGAUGUACUGACUUGUGUAUUCAAAAUCGAAUUUGUAUGAAAUCGAACACAUCACACAGCGUGCUUCGUUCGUAUAGGCGGUGUUGUAUUUUCUUCUUACAUAGCACCGCUUGUAAGUAACGGUUUGCUUUAUAAGACGAUUUCAAAUUUUUGGACAUUCAUCACCUUGUAAUUCCGGAAUCGGAGGUCAGAUCUGGAUGAAAUUCAUGAGUUUUAUAUGGAAUUAUUAGACGUUUCAUUUGAAUCUAAGUUUGUAAAAAUCGCUUAGAACAGAGAAAUCGUUCCAUUUUGUGACCACCAUUUUAGGUGCUUUCGGAACCGGAAGCCGGAGACUGGUAUAGCCGGAAUGGAUAUCUAACUAACCAAAAGUUCGGAUGAUUUGGCUCAAGCAGCUUUCAAAGUUCAUCAAUAGCAUUUUAAGCAGCCCACAAUUAUUCAUACUUGAAAGUUCGAGCGACGCAACCGAACGAACUUCUAAGCUGUUUCUAGAACACAUGUUUCGGCUUCUAUGUAGCGAGAAAGUUUACUCGGAACUUGUUCUGUACUUUACUUUCAAGUUCUCAAAAGUUCCAUUUGAUUUGAUUUGAGCCACCAGUAACCUCAUUUUCCGUGUUUUGCAUCACUCUUCUGUACAACUGCUUGAAAUGUUCAACACUCUUUAUCCUGUAAUUCUGGAACCGAAAUUCGAACCCAGAUGAAAUUCAGAUUACCCUGCAAUUCCGGAACCGGAACCGGAAGACGGAUCAAGAUCACUUCACUUGAAUCUAAUAUUGCAAAUAUCAAUUCAGCCAUCUCCGAGAAAAGUUAGUACACAUAUUUUCAUUUUUCUGCACAUUUUAUCCCAUAAUUCAGUCAUGAGAAUGAAUGUCAUGAGAACCAAAAAACACCGAAGAAAGUUCAUGCAAAACACACAUGCGGAUUGAUUAAAAAGGUAUCAUCUCACUGCUAGGUUGAUUAAGCACGUUUUUGACAAUACCUAUCACAAUUGACCUCAAAAACAAAACAGAUUCCAAAAUUUAGAAACCUUGUUGUAAUAUUCAAAUAAGUCAUAGUUUGAAAUCCGUUCAUUUUUCAAGGAGACAUUGGCAUUUUUGUGAAAAUUACUUUUCCUCUCUAUCCCAGUAAAAGGAGUUUUCAGCGUCUCAUAAUAAAUCGAUGUUUGGAAGCAAAAUGAAGCACGAUUUUAAUAUGCGCUUGAAAAACUAUGUACAGCACCUAAAAGACAGUCUACAGCCACCUUUUCAUGACAUUUUGAGCAGUGAGCUGAACCCU